CCCCGACGAGGUCUCUCGUGGGCGUUCAAGGCAGUGGCUAUGGCGAUGCCGACGAGGUCUUUCGUGAACGUAGCCGGCGUUUGCCACACGAGUUGGGCGAGUAUUGAAUCUCGACCGGCCGUCGGAAGUGCCGAGGCGAAUCUUCGAGGAAAGAUCGCUAUAGUGAGGGGGCGCGAUCCGUUCUUAUCGCGCUCAUGUUUAAGUGGUGGUUAUGCCGAUGCCCACUGCCAAAUGGCAAUUCAAUCCAUCAUCUCUUCUCCUGCAUCUCUUUCUUGUUGCCGUCAUGCUUAUCGCUUGAUUGCCUCUUCGCUCCCGCGAAUCGGCGGCUUUGCGGCGGGAAAGGCUUCAAAAUCUGUUGUUGAUGGAUCUCGUGUAGAUACCGGCGAUCUUUUCGGCCUCUGCAGCCAUCGAUUACUUCCAUCAUCGCCAUCGCCAUCGCCAUCAUCUUCGUCAUCGUCAUCAUCAUCAUCAUCAUCAUCAUCAUCAUCAUCAUCAUCAUCAUCAUCGUCAUCACUGUGGUCUUCUUCUUGUUGUGGGUCUCUUCCUGGUGCCGCUCGUGCUGCGCCUCUUCGGAGGGGUCACUCGGCGGAAGGACAAGUAGUAAUGAGAGCCAUGAGGGACAUGGUGGCAAUUUGCAGGCAGCCAUCGCGAUCACGACGGUCGCGAUCUCGACGAGGUCUUUCGUGGACGUUCAAGACAGCGGCUAUGGCGAUCCCGAUGGGUGCAUCGGCUCCAGCAGACAAAGAGAAGGACGGGGUAAAGGGGGGAAUGGAGAAUGAAGUGAGGAGGGAAGCAAAAAAGCUGAAGCCAGGUGAGGCCCUUGGGCCGGAAUAUACAGAGGGCAGUAAUUUUUAUCAGAACGACGAUCGGAGGGCAGGCGUGCUUCUGCAUCCUACGUCGUUACCCGGUCCGCACGGAUCGGGCGAUUUCGGACCAGGUGCAUUCGCCUUCAUCGACUGGCUGAAGUCGACUGGAUGCUCAAUUUGGCAGAUCCUGCCGCUUGUGCCACCAGGGAGGAAGUCCGGAGAGGACGGCUCACCCUAUGCCGGGCAGGAUGCGAAUUGCGGAAAUACCCUUCUGAUCUCCUUGGAAAAGCUUGUGCAGUACGGACUGCUGGAAGAGUCAGAGCUUCCGCCUCCACUGCCUGUGAAGCGAAUUGAUUUCGAAGCCUUAGCUGCCCUGAAGGAUCCUUUGAUCGAGAAGGCCGCUGCUCGGGUAUUGUCGAGCGAUGGCCCUCUGAGUCUUAAGGACGAGUAUGAGGCUUUUCGUGCCAGUCCCAACGUCUCAGGGUGGCUGGAAAAUGCAGCAUUGUUUGCUGCAAUUGACCAUGACUAUGGUUGGAACACAGAGUUCUGGUGGGACUGGCCCGCGGAGUUCCGGGACCGCCAGCCUGCAGCACUUGAUGCCAUUCGCAGAAGCAAGAAAGAGUUCAUUGAUCGGUUCUGCGCUCAGCAGUUUCUCUUCCAGAAGCAGUGGGAUGAAGUCCACAAGUAUGCCAAUGAAGCGGGCAUCACUAUCAUGGGCGAUAUGCCCAUCUACGUUGGGGGACACAGCGCAGAUGUGUGGGCCCAUCGGUACCUGUUCUCGCUAGAUCCGGAGACAGGUGCUCCAGUGUCCGUGAGUGGGGCGCCUCCUGAUGCUUUCAGUACGACAGGUCAACGCUGGGGGAGUCCGCUGUAUGAUUGGUCAGCGAUGGCUGAAGACAAUUACUCUUGGUGGAUUCAAAGGAUGCGACGAGGGUUCCAACUCUAUGAUGAGUACCGCAUUGAUCAUUUCCGGGCUUUUGCUGGGUACUGGAGCAUUCCAGCGAAGGACGAGACUGCCAUUGGGGGAACGUGGAAGAAGGGUCCAGGGAUGGACUUCUUUACUGCUGUAGGGAUUGCACUGGGGGGGGGAGUGUCCAAGAAGAUAGUGGCAGAGGACUUGGGGGUGAUAACUCCCGACGUGGUGGACUUGCGCAAAGACAUCGAUGCUCCGGGAAUGGCAGUCUUGCAAUUCGCCUUCGGUAGCGAUAGCAGGAACUAUCACUUGCCGCACAAUCAUGAAACCAAUCAAGCCGUGUAUCCGGGGACCCAUGACCACGACACGGUGCUUGGUUGGUACCAGAGCGCGGAGCAAUGGGAGAGAGAGAGAGCGGCCCAGUACUUGCACUUCGAUGGAAAUGAUGAAAAGGAGGACAACGUUCCGUGGGCUUUCAUUAGAGCUUCUCUUGCUUCAGUCGCACGGAUUGUGAUUGUUGCAAUGCAAGAUGUGAUGGGCCUCGACAAUUCGGCCAGAAUGAACAUGCCAGGGGUCAAGUCGGGCAAUUGGGGGUGGAGAAUGGGAGAGAGAGACAUCUUCGAGAAAACGCUCUCUCAGGAGGCGAAAAUGUUCAGGGACUUGGUGAAGAUGUAUAAUCGCUUACCGCCCAGUCAUCCAGCAGCCAAGGAAGAAGAGGGAGAAGCAGCCACAGAUAGUACCGAAGAGGAGGAGAGACUAGAGGAAACUUCGGCGGCGGCAGCAGCAGCAGCAGAAGCAGAAGCAGAAGCAGAAGAAGAAGAAGAAGAAGAAGAAGAAGAAGAAGAAGAAGAAGGUCCAGUGCCUAUUCUGCAGGGAGAUGCCUUGUCAGGUGUAGGUGCAUCCGAGAGGAGUGGAACCACUUCAGACUUACAGUGAUCAUCGUAAUUAUCUCGACGCGAUUGAUCUUUGAAUCAGAGAAUAGGAAUCACUGUCAGAAUCC